CGGCCCGGUUCUAGGAGCCUCCGGGCUUUGCACCUUCCCGGACCCGGCCCGGUUCUAGGAGCCUCCGGGCUUUGCACCUCCCAGGACCCGGCCCGGUUCUAGGAGCCUCCGGGCUUUGCACCUCCCAGGACCCGGCCCGAGCCUGGCCUCGCCCCCGGCCUCGCCCCCUUCUGCUCCUUGGGCUAGUUUGGUGACUCCUGAGGCUGCUUGGAGCAGUUUUUGACCACGUCACUACGGUGCCUGGUCCUCUUACACGAUGUGCUGAUGCAGGCAUUUGGGGGCUGGAGUACUCCAGUCACAUUGACUUUAUUCUAGAAGACAACUUUACAAGGAUCUAGAAGGAACAGAAUUAAAGAUGACUGAAUACGGGGCUCCAGAAAUUUAGGACAAUCAGUUUAGCAAAUCAUAUACUCUUCAGUGGAGCUGAGAACUGAUAAGUCUGCUCUGCACGGUGAUUUGGAGCUUUCCAAUCCCAGGGAAAACUUGACUAAGGGACUGCACAGGACUGAAUCCAUAUGGAAGAAGAGCUUUCCCUUUCCUAUGGAGAAAGUGGCAAGCCAGUACAGGCUACUCUGUCAUCUUUGAAGAUGUUAGAUGUGGGAAAGUGGCCAAUUUUCUCCCUUUGUUCCGAGGAGGAACUGCAGUUAAUUCGUCAGGCCUGUGUCUUCGGCAGCGCCGGCAAUGAAGUCUUAUAUACCACAGUAAACGAUGAGAUUUUUGUGCUUGGCACAAACUGCUGUGGCUGUUUGGGAUUAGGUGACGUCCAGAGUACCAUUGAACCUCGGAGACUGGAUGCUUUAAGUGGCAAAAAAAUAGCCUGCCUCAGCUAUGGGAGUGGCCCCCAUAUUGUCCUUGCGACCACAGAAGGAGAAGUCUUUACCUGGGGUCAUAAUGCUUAUAGCCAGCUGGGCAAUGGGACAACUAAUCAUGGUUUAGUGCCCUGUCAUAUUUCUACUAAUUUGUCAAACAAACAAGUCACUGAAGUUGCCUGUGGGUCUUACCAUUCUUUGGUGCUAACAUCUGAUGGAGAGGUAUUUGCUUGGGGCUAUAAUAACUCCGGACAGGUAGGAUCUGGAUCAACAGCCAAUCAGCCGAUCCCUCGAAGAGUCACAGGCUGCUUACAAAAUAAAGUUGUUGUGAACAUAGCAUGUGGGCAGAUGUGUUCGAUGGCAGUAGUGAAUACUGGGGAGGUCUAUGUCUGGGGUUACAAUGGAAAUGGGCAGCUUGGACUUGGCAGUAGCGGCAACCAGCCAACUCCCUGUAGAAUAGCAGCUCUGCAAGGCAUUCGCAUCCAGCGGGUUGCCUGUGGCUAUGCACACACAUUAGUUUUAACAGAUGAAGGCCAAGUGUAUGCUUGGGGUGCAAAUUCUUAUGGUCAGUUGGGCACUGGCAAUAAAAGUAACCAGUCCUAUCCUGCGCCUGUCGUCGUGGAAAAGGACAGGAUCGUGGAGAUCGCGGCCUGCCACUCGGCGCACACGUCGGCGGCCAAGACCCAGGGCGGGCACGUGUACAUGUGGGGCCAGUGCCGGGGCCAGUCGGUGGUCCUGCCUCACCUCACCCACUUCUCCUGCACCGACGACGUGUUCGCCUGCUUCGCCACGCCUGCCGUCUCGUGGCGCCUCCUGUCCGUGGAACCUGACGACCACCUUACAGUGGCCGAGUCGCUCAAGAGGGAAUUUGACAACCCCAACACGGCGGACCUGAAAUUCCUGGUGGAUGGGAAGUACAUUUACGCGCAUAAAGUGCUGCUCAAAAUUAGGUGUGAGCACUUCCGCUCCUCCCUGGAGGACCACGAGGACGACACGGUGGAGAUGAGCGAGUUCUCGUACCCGGUCUACCGCGCCUUCCUCGAGUUCCUGUACACCGACCGCGUCAGCCUGCCCCCCGAGGAGGCCGUAGGCCUGCUGGACCUGGCGACCUUCUACCGCGAGAGCCGCCUGAAGAGGCUGUGCCAGCAGACGAUCAAGCAGGGCAUCUGCGAGGAGAACGCCAUCGCCCUGCUGUCGGCCGCCGUGAAGUACGACGCCCAGGACCUAGAGGAGUUCUGCUUCAGGUUCUGCAUAAACCACCUGACUGUGGUGACGCAGACGUCGGGCUUUGCGGAGAUGGACCACGACCUGCUCAAGAACUUCAUCAGCAGAGCCAGCCGGGUGGGGGCCUUCAAGAACUGAGCCGCCGGGCGUCGCCGCGACCCCGUCCUCCCCCGAGACGCCGGAGCCGGACGCCGCGCUGCUGACCCCCCCGCCCGCGUCCCGCCGCGCCCCCCCCGGCCCCAGCUGGCUCCAAGCAGCGGCGGGGACGGCCGGAGCCCCAAGGACCCACCUUGGCGUCCGUCCACCGGAGCCCUUACGCUGUCACCAGGCGGCGGGACGGCCAGCAGGGCCCUUCCCUCGCCUUACGGGGUGGCCUCUGGCCGCCUCGGCCUCGUGCGCAGCGGCGCUGAGCCCCGGGCCGCCCCCGCGCCCCGCCGGCCUCCCCAGGCCUCCCCAGGCCGAGGCGGGGCAGGGCGGGGCACAGCAGGGCGGGCAACAGCGAGCGGCCCGGGGCCCCAGCCGUUCCGCGCUCUCAUGCCCGGUCCACCAGGUCCCACGUGCAGACGCCCUUCGGGAUUAGAAACCCGGGCCUGACGCCCAACUAUUUGAUAAUAAAGCGCUUGUUUGCAGAUAAUAGGA